AUGACUCAUCCAAAUCUCUUUCAGGGCUUGCCUCCAAUUUUGCUUUCACCAUUUCUCAAUUUUCAAUUUCAUGAAUCGGUUGAUGAUUCAAAAAAGCACUUGAAACAAUUAAAUGAUCAUUUAAUGGGGGAGAUAUCAGAACUCAAACAUGAAGUAGUGCUAGUUCGAGAAAUACCUCAAAGGCUAUGUGAAUCUAUGGCUAGUUGCAGAGAUAUUAACAAAGAUGUUCUGUUAACAUUGCAGAGUUUUGUACCUGAUGGAGACUCUUCAAUUGGGAAAUUCCUGUCUACCACAUGUGAAAUAGGCUUAAGCCUUUUCUCAAAUUUGGAAAAGCGUUUCUCUAUGGAAAUGGACGGUCACAAAUCUUUCAAUGUGAAUGAUUCUUUGGUUCAAGAAAACUGGAAAGUGCUUUCUGAAAGGUUGAAAGGCACAAUUACAUCCCUGGCAUUACCAGACAAACUAGCUGUUCAGAAUAAAGAAGAGAAGAAUCCUAUAUGUGGCUCCGCUUAUAAGUGAACCAGUUUUCUGUUUGCUGUGAAGUCCACAUAAUGCAUGUUGUCAAGUUCCAAAAAACUGAGGCAGAAUUGAUCGUUAACCUACUUUUAUGGUAUACUAAGUUGGAGAUGAAAGAACUGCUUGCAGAUCAAAUCAUACACCUUUCAGGCUACAUUACAUUGUUUGAAGGUUUAGUUUUGAGAUGUGAUAAAGGAAUGCGCUUUGGGAGAAGAACCUGCUUCUUGGAAGAGAAACGGAACAAUGAACUUGAUGCUAUCAAGGAAAAACGCCAUGUCUUGGAGGUUUCUGAAGGUUUACAGAGAAAGAUAUGAUACCCUGGAAAGAGAAUGUUGGCUUUUGAGAGAAGAAAGAGAUUCUUCGGUUGAAAAAGUCCCCGAAUCAUCUAAAAAACUAGCAGUGGUUGUUGAUCAAAAGGAAAAGCAUCUUCAAGGAUUUGAACACUGAAGUAGAGAGAAGGGAAAGUCUUGAGAAAGAGAUCAGAACUUUCAGUGUUGAUUUUGCUACUUGGAAGCAGAUUCUUGACUCAAACAUAACAGCACUGUUUAUUACCAUACAUACUGAAGAAAUAAGGAUUCGUUUACAAAGCAAAAUCCGACUUCACUACCUCUUCAACGUGGCAGAACCGAAAUCAUUAAUUGUGGACAAUGACUGAACACGUGUUCCAACAGGAUUUGUAAGUCCGUUGUGGAUUUUGAUUCUAAUACUUGCGUGACCAAAAGUUCGAAAAUCGACAUCGCCUCGUGGUGGCAUUGCUUGCCUACUCAGUCUUGCAGCCAGAGUCUCUUUCAGUGAGUUAGCACUCAUCACCCAUGUUCGUCCCUUAGCCUUUCUUAUAUUUUUUGAAG